AUGGCGGCAGCGGUUGCAGAUCUGACGGUGACGGCGGAGAAUGUGGGUGCGUCGGGCGAGUCGAAGGUGCUUCAGGCCAUUCGGUAUUCCCGAGGGAAGCUCGAGCUGCUGGAUCAGGCGAGUCGUGCUGGCGACUCGUGUUGUCAGCUUUCAGUUGAUUCUCGGCACGCCACGUGGUGGUGCGGGGGGUGCCGGCGAUCGCGAUCGCAGCAGCACAGCGUGUUCGAUUCCGCGGGUGCCGCUGUGAAGCACAUCACUGAACGCCUCGACCACCUCGCGUCCAGUCCAGGUGGGUGCUUCUACUCUCCAUCAUGGAUCACACAAAAUUUCGAGCACUUGCGCACCUGCUCUCACCCACCACAGUCACACCAGCCAACCACCGCCUGGGCUGCUCUCACGCACUCCGCUCACUCUCCAUCUUCCUCUAUCCCCCACACCAUCCAGUCGCCCCACGGCAGUGAACCUAUCAGACGAGGCAGAGAAGCUCAAGAGGGUGGCGGAGGAGGCAGCCAAGCCAAGGAGGAACCCACGCCCGAGGCGGAUGUGCUGGUGGUAAUGGCCCGGCAAAGAAGACAGCAUUCGCCUGCUGCUGCCCUACAUAGCAUCGGUGCGCUCCCUGCCAGCCUUCCACCACUACAUGCACACGGAGCACCCCUCCCAAUUCUCCCUUGUCUGCUCAAUCCCCCUCCCUCCCAGGCCCGGCAACGCAAGGAAGCAGACAGCAUUCGCCUGCUGCUGCCCUGCAUUGCUUCAGUGCGCUCCCUGCCAGCCUUCCACCACUACAUGCACACGGAGCACCGAGCAUACAACGUGCAGCACCAGGAAGAGUUUGGGCGGGUGAAGAGUGCAGAGGAGGCAACGUUUGAUCCCAUCAAGCUGUGCUAUUGA